GCUUCGUUAUAUACACCCACACUCCGUUGUCAAACCGAUACCCUUUCUGGAUUUCUCCGUCAACAAUGGCUGUUUCUCUGAACGAGGAAGUUUUGGCUGCACUGAAGACCUUACGAAAAUACAAUUUCAAGGAAGCCGAGUUAGCUUUGAAACAAGAAGCCGGGUUGGUGGAUAAUAAAUCUGCCGAAGAAUUUCUUCGUUUUAAGGCGUAAUGAACCAGCCUUGCUUCAGUCUCAUAUUUUGCUGUUUCAGUCAGGUAAAAGAUGAACCGGAGACCUUUGCAGCAAAAUAUGACUCGUUUGUGAAAUUCGUGGACAGUGUCACAGACGAACACAAACUAGAAUUGUCCGGCUUACUUUAUCCCGUAUAUGUUCAGUUAUAUCUCCGUCUCAUCAGCGGCGGGCUCUACGACGAAGCCAAGAAGUUUCUGAACGCAUUCCGCAAACAUCAAGAGGACUUCUAUCAAGCUGAUAUAGUGCUGUUAGCGAACAUAAGCGAUUAUGACCAGCUGCUGUUGAACCCGCUGGUGGAAUCAUUCAAGGCAUCCGAAUUCGUUAUCAGUAUUGCUGCUUCCUCUUACACCAUGCUGAAGCGAUUCCUGCAGGAUAAUAGCCUCCAUGUCAUUCAGAGCAUACUAUGUGAGCAGUUAUCUGUCCAAGUUAUCGACGGUCCACCGCGUUCCAAACUUCAGCUAGACUGCCGCCGCGGUGCCUUGUUUGGUGAGGCUCCUCGAGAAGUGAACAAAGAACCUGUUUUGUACGGGCUUUUGAACGAUCCCUCUUUAACAUUGCCCUCUGGAUUGCGCAACGAUUCCAUAGCUUCUGGUGGGGAUGCAUCAGUUGGACAGGACCAGCUGGAAGAUGGCGAUUCUGAACAAGCGCACGCAAAGAAAAAGAAGAGACGAGACCUUCUUGGGUCCAGCCACAGUGGCGGUGUCGGCUCUGGGAAGGAAGAGCACAAAACGGACUCGAAUUCCCCCGCUAUGAAUCGUAUUCCACUGCCAAAGCUUCGUGACUCUUUCAUUGAAUCUCGACAAGCACUUUCUCGGGAAAUCGGUGCUCUACUGCGUGGCUAUCGUCAGCAAAACACCUCUGACAAACCCCCUGGGACCAGUGUUGUGAUGUACACCAUAUGCAACGUGCAAGCCGGUGAAUCGGUUUUGGCCAUCCGACGUGGUGGUGUCGCUUGCGCUAGCUUUACCGACACUCCAGGUUGGAUGGCCGCCGGGUUCGGUUCUGGUAGAAUUCGCGUUUGGUCGCUCGGCCCCGAAUCUCUGAAGCGCAUGCUUCCGGCCUCGGAGUUAUCGACACUGGACAAGGAUGACUCCCGGGUGAAGUCCAAAAUGCUGUACGAUGAGGAUGGCGAAUCCCAUCUAACACGUGAUCUAAUCGGCCACGUCGGUGGUGUCCACGGGGUCGCUUUCAGUUCGGAUCGACAAUUGCUGGUUUCCGGUGGUGCCGAUGGCACAGUGCGGCUUUGGUCUAGCCUGCUGUGGGGUGGUGCACUCACCGUAUGGCGAGAUCAUUUACUCCCCGUUUGGUGUGUGGCAUGGGCCCCAAUGUACGGUCAUUACAUCGCGACUGGCGGAGCCGACCGCAGUGCUCAUCUCUACACCACAGACCACUCACCCGACGCACUACGUGUGUUCGUUGGACACCGAGGAGACGUCACCGCCGUUUGCAUUCACCCGAAUAUAAACUACCUGGCCACCGGAAGUUCCGACCGAGCUGUCAGGCUGUUUGAUGUUCGUUCGGGCAAACUUGUCCGCUUGUACACUGGCCACAAGGGCUCCGUCCAAUCCUUGGCAUUCUCCCCCUGCGGCCGAUAUUUGGCCAGCGGGGGUUGGUGCGGUGCAGUGUGCUUGUGGGAUCUUGGCACUGGACAUCAAGUUGGCCAACUUGGCGGCUACUCAGCGUCUACGAGCCAGCCUCGAUCGGAUCCCUCCGCAUCCUCACCAAUGGAUGAAUCUAGCUGUUGGUUGACUGGACCAGUGGUCUCCUUGGCCUAUUGUCCGGACAACUCUGGCCGCUUGGCUGCCGGGGGCUUGGACGGUGUGGUUCGCAUUUGGGACACGAGUGGUGGACGAUGCACGACGCGUACAUCCGCUCCAUCCGAUAAAGCACAGUCAGUGUCCCCUUCUGGUCUUGUCGGAAUGCAUCGUUCGUCGAAACAGCAAAUUGCUCGAGGUCAGACGACGAGCAUGAUAAAUCCGAACUAUUCCAGUUACUACUCCUCAGUUACGGGGCCUACGGUAUCAACCAAGUGUCUUCAGGAGUGCUUCUUCACUCGACGCACUUCUAUCCUCAGGCUGCAGUACUUGCACCCCCAUCUCCUGCUCGCCGUUGGACCGUAUAACCAGAACUGACAGACAGCACCGUCACAUAUGUGGCUGUUCUCGUAUCUUUUUGCACACUUAUCGGUCAGAGAAUGAUUAGGUACGAUCGAAUAAGGCGUAAUCGCUUUUUGUAUAUAUUUUCCAAUAAAAAUGUGAACUGUGUAUUUCCUAA